AGUAGUUUGAAAUUUAAUUUCUGUGGAUUAUAUGAUUUUGAAAAAAAUGAGAACAAAAUUGUCAUGGUGUGACGUUUUGUUGUCAAGUGUUUAUAACCUGUGAAAUUAAGAUCAAUAAUCAUGACUGACAUUACUUUUAGUUCUAAAGCUUAUUGCAAAAUAAUUUUGCAUGCGGCUAAAUAUCCGUACGCAGCAGUGAACGGAGUGCUCCUAGCAAAAACCCCAGUGAAAGGGAAGGAAAUUGAGUUCGUCGAUGCAGUGCCUUUAUUUCAUAUUGCCCUUAACCUCACUCCUAUGGCUGAAAUCGCCUUAACUCAAAUUGACCAAGUAGCUUCACAAGCAGGACUUACAAUUGCUGGAUACUAUACUGCUCAUGAGAACCUAUGGGAUUGCUCAUUUGAAAGGGCCCAGCAUCGGAUUGCAGAUAAAAUUGCUGAGAAUUGUCCAAAUGCCUGUUUGGUUGUUAUUGACAAUUCCAAAUUGAGUAUGCAAUUAGAUAAUUUAGCAAUUAGAGUAGCCCAAUUCAGUGAUGGCAAAUACAGGGAAGUGAAUAUUCAGAAGGUCAGUUUGAAUACAGAUGAGACAUUGGACAUUUGCUCAGCACUGAUAGAGAGCAGGGACUUUGAGGAGCUGGUGGAUUUUGAUAACCAUCUGGAUGAUGUGUCAAAGGACUGGAUGAAUGAUAGUUUGAAUAAGAAAAUCGAAAUGUUCAAUAAUUAAUUUAUACCAAUUUUAUAUAAAUAUUUUGCAUUUCGAGGUUUAAUUUAUAUAUAUUAUAUAAGUAGAUUUACAAUAUAUUUGUUUGAUAGCGUAAUAAAAAAAAAAUACAUUCGUACCAUUUUAAUAAGCUAGAUCUUUAUUAAUUUUUUCAUCAUAAUAUAUUUAUGUAUAAAUCAAAUGCCACUCAAAUAAGGCCACUUCUAAAUCCUAACAACUUGUGCAACAUCUUCCACACCAGGAAAAUUUUAUAUAUAAUAAAUAUAUUUAUAUAUUGAACUUAUCAAACAGGUACAUUUUCUUUAACAA